AGUGAAGGCUGAUGAAAGCCCCUUGGCUUGUGUGCGUUUACCGCCCGCUCUGAGCUCUCCUGUACCUUCGGAGGCGCCCUCAUGGGCUGGGAGGCUUCUCCGGUGCCCCCGCUGAAGGCCAGGCCACCGGCAAACCUCUGACCUCUCCGCCUUCAGUUUGACCCGAGCCCUCCAGGUGUCGGAUUAGGGGCGGCAAGUCUCUGGGAAGCAUUGCUUUUCACGUAUUGCCCCCACAGGUGCAGCCCCUGUGCUUAGGCCCUCUCCUUGUCACUCAUCCUGUGCUGCUCACAUACAGUGGACGAAGUUAUAUAUUUGUGACGUUAAAGAAUAGGUGGGACAUCCUAGGAAAUAAAGCGAGGUCAGAAUGUGCAACUCAAAGCAGUGUAAAAAAAAUGAAAUACAGAGGCGGGCGUGAAAGAAGCGUGCAAGAGAACAGAAGACACGGGCAGAAUUCCCAGGCCUGCUGCCAACUAGCUGCGAGACCGUAGGCUGUUUGAACAGUUUAACACAAAAGAUGGAUAUCAGACCAAACCAUACAAUUUAUAUCAACAAUAUGAAUGACAAAAUUAAAAAAGAAGAAUUGAAGAGAUCCCUAUAUGCCCUGUUUUCUCAGUUUGGACAUGUGGUAGAUAUCGUAGCUUUAAAGACCAUGAAGAUGAGGGGCCAAGCUUUUGUUAUAUUUAAAGAAUUGGGCUCAUCCACGAAUGCCUUGAGACAGUUACAGGGAUUUCCAUUUUAUGGUAAACCAAUGCGAAUCCAGUAUGCAAAAACAGAUUCUGAUAUAAUAUCUAAAAUGCGUGGCACCUUUGCUGACAAAGAAAAGAAGAAAGAAAAGAAGAAAGCCAAAACUGUGGAGCAGGCAGCGCUGACUGCUAAUAAGAAGCCUGGCCUGGGAACACCAAAUUCAGCUAACACCCAAGGAAAUGCAGCGCCAAAUCCUCAGGUCCCUGAUUACCCUCCAAACUAUAUUUUAUUCCUUAAUAAUUUACCAGAAGAGACUAAUGAGAUGAUGUUAUCCAUGCUGUUUAAUCAGUUCCCUGGUUUCAAGGAAGUACGUUUGGUACCUGGAAGGCAUGAUAUUGCAUUUGUUGAAUUUGAAAAUGAUGGACAGGCUGGAGCUGCCAGAGAUGCUUUACAAGGAUUUAAGAUCACACCAUCCCAUGCCAUGAAGAUCACCUAUGCCAAGAAAUAACAUUUGGGAUAGUUGUCUUUAAAGGACUUGGUGUUAUUUAUCGUGUUUGUUUUCAUAACAAUUGGUCAGGCCAUUUUAAUAGCUGGGAAUGGGAAGAAGUGAAAGUAGAAUUUUUGUGUAGAUUUCUAAAAAUUACCUACUAGUAAACUAUGAAAUGUAAGGGCUUAAUUUUGUACAAUAAACUUUUACAUGUAUUUUUACAUAAUACUUCAUUUAUUGGCCCUCUGUCUAUCAAAUACUUAUGCUAGUCUAGAGCGCAUGUUAAGGUAAAUAAAACUGUAAUAGGAUGCUUUUCUGGUAUUAUUUUGGAGAAGCUAAAGAGAAACAGUGAACCAUUUUAACAAAAGCAAAGGAGAAUUAGAUCAAGCCCUGAUUAGAUUUUCUGGAACGUUAUUUUGUAUGCAUAUGAGCUCUCAGUCCACUUUUUUUUUUUUAAACUAAGUCUUAUAUUAGUGGUAAAAAUGAUUGUCCUGGAUGUUAAAAGAAAAUGAGACCUGGGCAGGAGCUUCAUAUCUUCAAAUAAAUGCAUAGUAUUUUGCUAGUUGUAGGUAUUUCACAAAUCUUUUUGUUCAGUGUUUAAUUGAAUAAAGGCCAUUUAGGAGUAACUGUA